AUGUCGGCUUCAGGAUCCGGUGCCGCGCCCGCGGCUUCAUCCUCAGCAAAUCCAGCCAAAAAGGCGUUCCCUAGCGUAGAUCUUGAGGGUCACAAUCUUCCGCCGUCACCAGCUCCUUCCAGUCCUCAUACCGGAAGGCGCUAUGCAAUUGCCACAGAACUCGUCUACACCGACAGUGGUGACCAGUACAACGCUAGCAGCGUUCCCAUCUACCAGAGCGCUACUUUCAAACAGACAUCCGGUGGUGGAGGCGGAGAGUAUGAUUAUACCCGCUCCGGCAAUCCGACUAGAACGCACCUUGAACGUCAUCUAGCUAAGGUCAUGUCCGCUCAGCGUGCUCUGGUGGUUUCCUCCGGCAUGGCUGCAUUGGAUGUUAUCACUCGGUUGCUUCGUCCUGGUGAUGAAGUCGUGACCGGCGAUGAUCUUUACGGUGGAACCCACCGUCUGCUUAAAUACUUGUCGACCAAUGGUGGUAUCAUCGUCCAUCAUGUUGACACCACUCAGCCGGAGAAGGUGCGGGAAGUGCUGAACGAGAAGACAGCCAUGGUCCUGCUCGAAACCCCUACCAACCCUCUCAUUAAGGUUGUCGAUAUCCCCCAGAUCGCUACCGCCGCACAUGAAGUGAACUCUACCUGCCUUGUGGCUGUUGAUAACACCAUGAUGUCUCCGAUGUUGCUUAACCCUCUCGAACUGGGAGCAGACAUUGUCUAUGAAAGUGGAACCAAGUACUUGUCGGGUCACCAUGAUCUCAUGGCUGGGGUGAUCGCUGUCAAUGACUUGGCUCUCGGCGAGCGAUUGUACUUCCCCAUCAAUGCCUCUGGUUGCGGUUUGUCUCCGUUCGAUUCUUGGCUGUUGAUGCGUGGAGUGAAGACCCUCAAGGUACGCAUGGACCAGCAGCAAGCAAACGCACAACGUAUUGCGGAAUUCCUCGAGUCCCAUGGGUUCAAGGUCCGAUACCCUGGGUUGCGGUCGCACCCUCAAUAUGACCUCCACCACUCGAUGGCUCGUGGAGCUGGAGCUGUGCUCUCAUUCGAGACGGGAGAUGUCGGUGUGAGUGAGCGUAUCGUUGAGAGUGCCAAGCUAUGGGCUAUCAGCGUUAGCUUCGGCUGCGUGAACAGUUUGAUCAGCAUGCCUUGCCGGAUGAGUCAUGCUAGUAUUGAUGCGAAGACGCGCCAGGAGCGCGCCAUGCCGGAGGAUCUUAUCCGUCUGUGCGUUGGUAUUGAAGAUGCAGAUGAUCUGAUUGACGAUCUGACAAGGGCGGUAAGUUUGUCGCUCUCAAUACCCUUCUACUGUCGUUCGGCGCCAUUCAAGAGUAUGCCGGGAAAUGCGAUCUCCCCUAAUGGGGCUCUCUCCAUGCAGGCUGUCACUGAGCGGCCAACAUCCACUUGGAAUACCAGCCGAUUAGGUUCGCGACUGGGCGUGGAUAUCGCCAGCGCUGCCACAGCAGGCGCUUUGACGUGCCCCGUUAUUACUGUUAUCGAUCGUGCGAUCAUCGAGAAAGCAUCCAAAGGCAUUCCCAUUCGACAGACGAUCACAUCAUGUUUCGGGUCUAUGAUUCGUCAUCCAGCGGGCUUCUUCCUCAGUACACCGUUUCUCCUUAUAUAUACACUCUACACAUCGACAUAUCUGACCGCCAAUGCCAUUGACACGAUUUCGUCGACCAUGCGCAAUGAACCGUUUUCCUCCGUAUUUGCCGGAACGGCCAAGUUCCUCGCCACGACAACAGUGAACAUGGGAAUCUGUGUAUACAAGGAUGCCAGGUUCGCGCGGAUAUUUGGCGCACAGUCCAAACCUACACCAUCUCCGUCAUCCACACCUGCGCACACAGCCUCUCCCCCGGCCUCCUGUCACCCCUCCGGCGCUGCCACAGUACCCAAGGUCUCAUAUGCCCUCUUCUGUCUCCGCGACAGCAUCACCAUCUUCGCUUCCUUCAACGUCCCCACGCUAAUAGCGCCAUCGAUCCCCGAUUAUAUUGCAUCUACACCCGGGAUGAAGGCAGCGAUAGCUCAAUUCUCCUGUCCGGCCCUCAUGCAAUUCGCCAGCACACCCAUGCACCUGCUGGGCCUGGAUCUUUAUAACCGGCAACCGCCCGGAGGGUUGGGAUGGCGUGAGCGAGUAUCACGUAUUCGUCGGGAUUAUAUCCCCAGCUGUUUUGCUCGGAUGGGGAAGAUCGUGCCCGCCUACGGUGUAGGAGGUGUGGCUAAUGUGCGGCUAAGAUCUGCUAUGAUGCAAUAUCUAGAACGGGCGGAGAAGUGA